AUGGCUCCCACUCUUCGAGUCCCUCGAAAAUUCGAGCGUGGUGGGACAGGUUUUUUGCCCACGUUUGGACCGUCUUUCAUCAACCUGUAUGGCUCACCGCGUGAGUACAGUGAUAUGCCAAACAAGUACGAAGCGUUGAAUUUGGGCAAAGGGGAUGGAGCGGCCUAUCGUGGUCGCGUUCUUUUGGAGGUCCGAACCGAAUUGCUGACUGAUCCCGUCGCGAAUGAGGUGCGCGCGAUUGACAGCGAUUCGAUCGCCCGAGUUCAGAAAUCACUAAGACGACGUCGGUUCCGUGUGAACGCGGCUUUCCUCUCGGCCACCAUGAUCCCUGGUGAGAAAGAUUCCCCGAUCCAGUUCGAGGUCAGUGUUGGAAACUACGGGAACAUUUUGGACGACUCAGUUCCACCCUGUGCAUCCACAACACCACCCACAAAUCCGAUCUACGACGGAGUCGCGUACAGUUACUUGCCGUGGGGAGAGAACAAACCGUGCUGUUUGCUCGAAGCCCAGUGGGAAGAUAUAACGUAUCGAAUGUAUGCGGUCAACAUGCUUCUGAAAGCAGCUGAUCGUUUGACCAACAGCAUCACACGUGUUCAGUUGUCUGUUGCCAAUGAUUUGCCACUGGAACAACAGGCCCGUGAUGUGAUCAAUGCUUUGGAUCAGUUUAUUCUGGAUUGUUCAAUGGAAUUACCCGAAAGUGAUAUAGAACAAUCACCACCGAACGAAUUGGACAAAUACAUUAGGCUUCUUCGUGACGGACAAUUGAAAGCUUUGCAUGAUCAAGCUGUACAUCUACGUAACACGGCGGAAGACAUUGAUCAAGCUUUGCAGCAAAUGAUUUUCUAUCGGGACUCUAUUCUCGGAUUGGCUGUUGAGCCCCAACUCAGCUUCCCCGAUGUGAUCAUUUGGAUGCUGAGCGGCUCAAAACGAUCGGCCUACUGUCGCAUUCCUGCUCACGAUGUGCUCUAUCAUCCGAAUCCCACAUAUGCUGGUCGAUUUUGUGGGGUCCCGCAAACCCUGUGUUUCGUUAAACCCAAAUUGGAAGAGGAGAAUGAUGAGAAAUACCUGCGUUCACCGGUCAUGGUUCGAGCCAUUGUGUGGGUCGGACUGGACAAAUAUUACCAAGCAUGGAACGAAGUGCAGGUGGAAGCAAAAACGCAAAUUGUUGCUGAGACGUACGAGAAUCAGGGUAAAAUCCUGAACAAAUGGGUGACAACAAAACCUCCGUUAACUCGUCCUGCCUGGUCGGAUGCUUCGGGCAAGAAAGAAUUGAAGAAAGAGUCAUUCAAUCCACCUCCAGGCUGGCGAUGGGAUGGUGAUUGGUUUGUCGAUCCGGAGAUCUCAGUGCUGUAUCAGAAAGAUACAAAUCAAACCUCAUUUGUCGAAGACGUGUACGUGAACGAGAGUCGAACACCGAAUGGAAAUUGGGAACCGGCCCAGAUCCCGUACUCGGACGCUUACGGGGAACCGAAACCUGCCCCGGAAAAGACCGAGUUGAAGGAUGAUUGGACCUGGGAAGGGGAUUGGGAAGUGGACAAAGACCGUCUGUGUGAUGAAGACGGCUGGGAAUAUGCACAAACCUCGACCGAUACGAAUUUCAUGCCGACCGAGAAGAACUAUCUCAUGUUCCGUCGAAAACGUAUGAUAAGAAAACGAGUGAAAGGAGAGGUUGGAAUGCCGGUCAAACAAGCAGAACAACGUUUAGCACUUUUAGUGAGUUUAAUGUUUGACAGUCCCUUGCAUGUGGUCCGAUAA